GCUUUCAUUUGCUGGUCGCUCUCUUUGGUGUCUCCAACAAGCAACACCAGCUGAUGAUUCUUUCCUUCCCAAAAGAACAAAGGCACUCCUCCAACUUUAGCCGACCAGUUUGGCUGGUGGAGAUGCAUGUGAAACCAUAUCUGUUUUUAUGCGCGUGCAUGGCAUAUUUUUCAGUUUUUUCGAAGUGUGAAAUCAUAUCUUUAUGCAAAAUGGGUUUUGGAAUAGUUGCACAAGCAGAACCAAAAGAGCAAUGCGUUCCUGAAAUUUCAGAAAAGAGAGCAUGCAGUGUCCAAUAGGUUCUUCGUCUGGCUCCUUCCCCUCCUGCUCCUACCAAGCAGUAACGCGUAGGACGGCGGCGCCCUGACCAGUGUCUGCUAAACCUUCUCGGUAGCCAACAUAAGGUUGCCUUCAUACGUGCACCCUCCUCUGUUCGUAUCUCUGUUCUUCUUGAUGCUGCUUCUCCUUCUUUCGUUUUCUGUAGUCUGUAUUGCGUAUUGUUUCCUUGCCGUGGCAGUUCGCGCGUCGCAAUCGAUGUUCCCAACCAGCGGUGAUCAUUGCAGCAGACAAGUAGAAGUCCAAGAUUAUUAACAACUGCUGGGCAAGAAUUGAGCUGAACUUUGUCUGCCACCACUCCUACUUUACUCAGGAGAAGAUGGAGUUUGUUGUGGGUGCUUCGGAGGCCACCAUGCAAUCUCUCUUAGGCAAGCUGGGUGGCCUCCUUGCCCAGGAGUACACUCUGAUCCGUGGCGUCCGCGGCGACAUUCAGUACAUCACCGAUGAGCUCGCCAGCAUGCACGCCUUCCUAGGUGACCUCGGGUCCACCCAGGAGGACCAUGAUCGCCGGCGCAAGAACUGGAUGAAGCAGAUCCGGGACAUGGCAUAUGACAUGGAAGACUGUAUCGACGACUUCGCCCACCGCCUCCCUCACGACUCCCUCAGUGAUGCAAGAUGCUCCUUCAUAGUGACACUGUUCUACGACCUGUGGACAUUUUGGCCUCGCCGUGAAAUUGCUUCCAAGAUUGCUGAGCUCAAGGUCAGGGCACAACAGAUUUCUGAGCGGCGCAGCAGAUAUGGUGUGGACAAUCCAGACCCAACAAGAAGUGGGAGCAGCUCUGGAGCAGGAGCAACACAUGCACAUGCUGUUACAUAUGGCAUUGCUGAGCAUCUGAUGGCGAGCCGUCAGCUCAUCCGCACUCAGAAUCCUGUAGGAGUGGAGGAGGACAUGAAGAAGCUUCAGCAGUGGCUAACAAAACAUGAUAAAGACUCUCAUCGAGCUGUUCUGUCCAUAGUCGGAUUUGGCGGUGUGGGAAAGACCACCAUUGCCACGGCAUUGUACCGGAAUUUCAGGAAUGAAUUUGAGUGCCGGGCGUCGGUCACGGUUUCUCAAAACUAUGAUGAAGAUGAAGUUCUCAGGGAUAUUCUGGGGCAAAUCAAGCCAAGGGACAGCGAGCGGGAGCAACAAGACCAUGACACGGGGAAGCUGGAGAAGAACCUAGCUGCUGCAAUGAAAGGUUUAGUAAAGCGAGUUGUGCCACUCUCUUGUGGUCACAAGAAGCACGGCAAUGGUGGCAGCACCCAAUGGACUCAGAACAAGAUUGACACAAUGACCCGUGAUCAACUUAUUGGAGAACUAAAAUGGCGCCUGAAUGGAAAAAGGUAUCUCCUCUUGAUUGACGAUGUAUGGUCUGUAGAAACAUGGGAGAACAUUAGAAAUUGGUUGCCAUAUACAAAAGGCAGUAAAAUAAUUGUGACUACCAGGUUUCAAGCUGUUGGUGCGGCCUGCUCAGAAAGAGAUGGAACUGAUUCUCUGCAUACCAUUAAAGUUCUUAGUGAAGCCAACUCCAAAAGUUUAUUUAACCUUGGUGUUUCUGAGUCCCGAAGCAGCAAAUAUACAAUUGAUAUGGAGAAAGAAGAGGUACACGAGGAGAUAUGGAAAUAUUGUGGGGGGUUGCCUUUGGCCAUAGUAACCAUGGCUGGCCAUGUUGCCUGCAACCCAACAAAAAACAAUGAUGAUUGGAAUAAAAUGUGCAGGACAUUAUUUCCAGAGCAGGUGGUUCCCCUUACCCUUGAUGGAGUCACAAGGAUACUCGAUUAUUGCUACAAUGAUUUGCCUCCAGAUCUCAAGACCUGCUCAUUGUACUUGAGCAUAUUUCCCAAAGGAUUGACAAUUAGUAAGAAGCGUCUGACCAGACGAUGGAUAUCUGAAUGUUUUGUUACAGAGAAGCAAGGGCUUAGUGCAGAGGAAGUUGCAGAAACAUACUUUAAUCAGCUCAUAAGCAGGAAGAUAAUUCGACCUGAGGAUCACAGUAGCAAUGGGAAGGUAAAAUCCUUUAAAGUCCAUGACAUGAUUCUUGAGUAUAUUGUGUCCAAAUCAAGUGAAGAAAAUUUUAUUACUGUUGUUGGUGGCCAUUGGCUGAUGCCUGCUCCUAGCAACAAAGUUCGUCGACUCUCCAUGCAAAGCAGUGGUCCCAAGCAUGUGAAUUUAACAAAAGGCAUGAACUUAUCUCAAGUGCGAUCACUGACAGUGUUUGGAAGCCAGAACCGACGACUGCCUUUCCAUUCAUUCAAUAAUGGAAUAAUUCAAGUUUUGGAUCUUGAGGGUUGGAAGGGUAUGACAGACAAACAUCUGAAUGACAUAUGUAAAAUGCUUGUGCUCAAGUAUUUGAGCCUCCGACGAACAGAGGUUCAUGAGAUUCCAUCGAAGAUUGAGAAGCUCCAGUACUUGGAAACUCUUGACAUAAGGGAGACAGAUGUUGAGGUCCUUCCCAAAGCUUUCGGCCAGCUCAAACGUCUUUGUAGCAUGCUUGGAGGGAGUAAAACCCCAAAGAAGGCAUUGAAGUUGCCACAUGAGAAGAAUAAGGAGCCGAUGAAAGCACUUCGUAUACUCUCAGGAAUUGAGAUCAAUGAGGACUCAACAGCUGUAGCAAGCCUACAUCAGUUGACUGGGCUAAGAAAGCUUGCCAUUUAUAAGCUCAAUAUACAGGAGGGUGGUCAGACUUUCAAACAAUUACGCUCCUCCAUUGAAUAUCUCUGUAGCUGUGGUCUGCAGACACUGGCAAUCAAUGAUGAGGGCUGUGAUUUUAUUGACUCACUGGACACCAUGUCUGCUCCUCCAAGGUACCUUGUUGGGCUGGAGCUGUCUGGCAAGAUGGAAAGACCCCCAAAGUGGAUCGAAGAUCUCAACAAUCUAUAUAAGCUGACCCUUUCUGUGACAGUUCUUCGGACUGAAACUUUUAAGCUCAUUCAGAACCUGCCAAAAUUAUUCACUCUCACCUUUACACUCAGCGUACAGAAGGAUGAUCGGGACAUAGUUGACAUCCUUGAAGAAAAUAAGCUGCUUACUGACAGGGAGAUCGUUGUUCCACCUGGUGGGUUCAAGAGUCUAAAGUUGCUUCGCUUCUUUGCAACUCUCGUGCCAAGGCUGAGCUUUGCAGUUACAAAAGAAGAAGUAAUGCCAGCACUUGAGAGGAUUGAUAUGCGGUUUCAAGCUUUUGAAGGAAUUUAUGGCAUUGAGACUCUUAAAAGUCUCCAAGAGGUGCAUCUCAGUGUUGGUAAUCAAGCAGACGAAAUAACCAAAUUCUUGGUAGAUGAACUGAAGGACAGCCCCAAUCAUUUAGCCAAAGAAUAUGCUGAGAAGUGGCCACAAAUUAUCACUGACUGAAGUCUGAAGAUAUUAGAAAAGAUGCCAUUAUUUUUCUGUUCAGCUACAUCAUGUGGUACUGUAUUGUUACAUGGAGGCCAUUUCAUCAAAUCUGCAUUAUCUUCUUUUGUGGGCUAAACAAACAAACUGCAUCCUAUGCUACUGUCACAACCUUUAUUUGUUACUGUACUUUGUACUUUUGUGGUACUGUUACUUCCAUUAUUGAUUUAUUUAUGUCGUUUUUAUUUGUGACAUCUAUUUCAUUUUUACGUACUUGAUUGCCAUUUGUAUACCCUUUAUUUAAACAUAUUGCAGUCCCAUGGUUCAGGCUGUUGUUAUAUGCUGCA